AUGCGCAGGCAAGAUGCGUUGGACUUGCUUCGGAUGUACCAUGAAGCUGCGGCAGCUCCUGGCCCAUGGGAGAAUGAGCCCUUGCCUCCAGAACUGAGUGUUUUAGGUGCUGAGAGUGAUAGAGGGGAUGUUGUCGGUGUUGAUUCGGACGAUGGGAGUGGUGGGGUGUUGGAGCAGGAGAACGCAGUGGAGAAUAAGGAGGGGAAGAGAGAUGCAUUAGUGGGCACAGCAAGUAGGGACGAGAGUCGGGACAAGGAAGAGGAGGAUAAGGGGGGGAACGCGGUCAGGGAGGUGAAGCAGGAGGUGAACGAUGAGGAUGGGCAGGAAAUUGCGGACGAUUGGUCAGAUGGGGCGUUGGAGGAGGAACUGCAGGAGCUUCAGCUUGUGGCUGAUCUACACUACCUACUACAGCAGCAGCAGCAGCAUGCAGGCAGCGAAAACAGGACCAACUAUGACAACGGCAACGAGCUUCUGGUCACUGUUUCAGAGACAGCUUCUGUGGGUGGGGGAUAUGGGAAGGUGGGUUUUCAGGAGCCGCUACGGCCAGCAUUCUAUGAUGCGGCAGAGGAUGGAGAGGGUGGAUAUACGGAGCAGUUCGCUCAACUGAGGGUACAUGCCGCUGCCAGCGUUGGCCGUGCUGCCAGUGUUGCCAGUGCUGCCACCUCUGCUCGUGCUGGCCGUGUCGCUAGUGCUGCUCGUACAACCAGCGUUGCUCGCGUUGGCAGCGGCGCUGCCAGUGCUGCCAGAUUGCGGCCUGUGCUGCCCGCGGCAGCAGAGGAUGGCGCUGGGUCUACAGAACAGCCUGUUCCAUUACAGAAUCAUUCUUCUAGUGGUGCUGCCAGUGCUGUCACUUCUUCUACUGCUGCCAGCGCUUCCAAUGCUGCCAGCGCUGUCAGCGUGAGGCCUGUGCUGCCAGCCUUAUACGACGCAGCAGAGGACGGAAUUGGGUUCACAGAACAGUUCGCUCAAAUGAAAUUGAAAGCGAAGGGACGACGGGAAGAGGAGUUCUCUAGUAUUGCCACUGCUGUCACUUCUUCUACUGCUGUCACUGCUGCCACUGCUGCCACUGCAGCCACUGCUGUCACUGCUGCCACUGCUUCCUCUGCUUCCUCUGCUGCCACUGCUGCCACUUCUUCUACUGCUGCUACUGCUUUCAACGCUGCUGGUGCUGUUAGCAUGAGGCCUGUGCUGCCAGCCUUGUACGACACAGCAGAUGAUGGGAUUGGGUUCACAGAACAGUUCGCUCAAAUGAGAGUGAAAGUGAAGGGGAGGCGGGAUGAGGAUCCGGCGUGCUUUGUCGUGGCGUAUGCGUACAUCGACCGUAUCUUGCAAGAGCAUGACGACAUGGUGAUCACGUCGCUGAAUGUGCAUCGCCUGCUCAUCACCUGCAUCAUGGUCGCCGCGAAGUUUCUCGAUGACUCGUACUUCAAUAACGCGUACUACGCCAAGGUCGGAGGCGUUACUACAGCCGAGAUGAACCGUUUGGAGAUGGAGCUUCUAUUUCGCAUGGACUUCCGUUUGAACAUUACAACGGACGUCUUUUACGCGUACUGCAAGCGGCUUGAAGCGGAGAUUUGGAAUUCGCGCCCACCUUUCGAGGCCACGUUGGACGUCAACUCGUUAUCCAUGCUGAAGCCGCCCGGCCACCUGGCACGCGUGCAGCCUUGCCACGUGGAGGUGCAAAAAGGCGUUCGGACACCCCCGCGAGAGGUGGAAUCGUACCGGUAUCCGUCAAUGCGGGCGAGAACGCUCGUGAACGGGUCUCCUUGA